CAUUGUACUAUUCAGAUCAAGCCUCGGCCAAAACCGCCGUUACCAAAACCAAAUAUGGAUCUGAACGCUGACUCCGUCUCUCUGACUCUGACUCUUCCGUCUCUCUCUCUUUCCUUGUGACAUAUAGAAAGUUCUGCGACUGAUUUCCUCCAUUUGCAUUUACUCAUUUUCUCUACCUUCAUUUUCAUUACCAUCUCCUUCGAUUUCUCUCUCUACGGAUACCUAUAUGUCGUUUUUCUGAUCGGAGCUUCGAAUCGUCGCCGUCAUGAACCGGAACUGGAGGGAGUCACUUUCUGGUGGACGGAAUGCUCCUCUGUUGUCGCAGCACCGUCGUGGUCAUAGCUUCACUGGAAUCUCUAGGGAUUCCGAUGAGAAUCUGGAUCUCUUCUCUAAGAAUCGACGGAGUCUCUCUGUUGCUGCUUCUGAUGGCUCCACUGAUGUGCCGGUGAAAUUGGGGAGGCUUUCAGUUGGAUCGGUGAAAUUGGCUAAGAGUGGGAUCGACGAUCUGCUGUCAUCGACUGAGGGAGGAAAACACGAUUAUGACUGGCUUCUCACACCACCUGGUACUCCUCUUUUCCCUUCAUCCUCUGAAAGUGAAGUUCAAUCCACGGUAGCAGCGCCAAGAAACAGCAGCUUAGUCAGGUCAUCUUCGACAACAAAAGCUUCAAGGCUUUCAGUUUCACAAUCAGAGAGUAACAAUCCUUCAAGGCCAGCUAGGAGCAGUUCUGUGUCUCGGUCCUCUGUCUCCACUCCCCAGUAUAGUAGCUAUUCCUCCAAUAGGUCUUCAUCAAUUCUUAACACAAGCUCAGCUUCAGUUUCCUCUUACAUAAGGCCUGCCUCCCCGAGUACACGCAGUGCAUCUACUGCAAGACCUUCUACUCCAUCUUCACGCUCGACACCAUCGAGGUCCUCGACCCCUUCAAGAGCCCGUCCAUCCCCCACCAGCUCCUCCAUUGACAAACCAAGGCAACUACAAAGUUCAAGGCCAACCACUCCUAGUUCUAGGCCUCAAAUUCCUGCAAAUUUGAGUUCUCCUGCAGCUCGGUCGAAUUCCCGUCCAUCUACUCCUACUCGACGAAAUUCCGCUCCUUCACUCUCUUCUGUUGUCAGCACUCCAUCUUCUACAUCACGUGUUCUAUCAACGAAUGGACGCAGUUCAACAUCUACAUCUCGACCAAGUUCCCCUAGUCCUCGGGUCCGGGCUGCACCUCAGCCAAUUGUCCUCCCUGAUUUUCCUCUUGAUACUCCUCCAAACCUCAGAACAACAUUGCCCGACAGGCCGAUUUCUGCUGGUAGAUCCCGCCCAACUCCUACAUCAGUUAGAGGGAGUCCAGAGACUACAUCGACUGUUACUAUGCCUAGAAGAGCAUCAUCACCAACUGUCUCAAGGGGAAGACUAACUGACGCUCCUGGAAGGGGCCGGGUGAAUACCAAUAGUCCUGAAACUAGGAGACUUUCAAGUUCCUCUGAUUUGGGCGGAAGGAGACCUGUGAAGCCUUCUACAACUACAGCAGAAAGCAACGGAUUUGGGAGGUCUAUUUCAAAGAAAUCCCUUGAUGUGGCCAUCAGAAAUAUGGAUAUAAGAAAUAGCCCUGGGAAUGUGCGCUCAGGUUCAGGCAGUACUCUAUUUCCACACAGCAUCCGAGCAGCAGCCAGUCCCAAAACUCAGUCCAUUGCUUCGAGUAACCCCGAAGCUAUCGAUACCGACUUCCAAAUGAGCAUUAACAACAACAUGGAGAGAGGAAACCAUUUUCACAGACACUCUGCAACAAUGGGAACCGAAGGAGGAGAAAAUGGAAGAUUUUGUGCAAGCUUGAAUCAUUUGGACAUCUAUGAAAGCUCCCGUUAUGAUGCAAUAUUGCUGAAAGAGGACUUGAAAAACACGAAUUGGCUGCACAGUGCCGAUGAUAAAACGGAUUUGGCUUCCAUUUUGGAUAAUGGAUUUGAAGCUCUGCCUGAGCCUUUUGGCCUCUUGUAACAUCUAAGAUGAUGAUGGGGUUUGUACUGUAUUUUUCUUUAUUUCCUUUUCUAUUUAAUUAUCAUCAUCAUUAUUAUUUUUGGCAUCAUUUUGGGUCUGAAAUAUGAAAAUGAUGGAAUCUGCCCAAUUGUGCAGUGAAUCCUCAUAGGAGAGAAGAUAAAAAUAUGGAGAUUGUAUGUGAUUUCUGAAGAUAAAUUAGUUUUAUCCUCUUAGGAGGCUCUGUUAUCUGCAAA